AUGGAUUGUUUGAAAUCGACCGUGCCGUUUUGGCGCGAAAAUAAAACGUUUCUCAAGAUGAAGUUUCGUUUAGUUUAUGUCAAUAUGCCGCUUGGGUAUUUUUUAUUAGUAUCUUGUUUUUCUUUCGUUAAUUCAGAUAUUUAUAAUGUUAAAAUAGGGACGGAUCAUCAUGUCAAUUUGGUUGAUAGUAAGUUUUUAAGUUUCACCCUUGAUCCGAAACUUUUAUUUGCUUCGAGCGGGAAAUUAUAUAGCAGCCAAGAAUGUAAAUGCAUGGCAUCAGCUUUGUCUCCUGCGUUAUUGCGUAUCGCUGGACCAUCUACUUCUCAUCUCACUUUCAAGAAUAACUCCUUGAUUAUUGAAGAUAAAGGUUUAAGUUUGUUUCAUUCGGCUCCACAGACUAAAAUAAACCAGAGACAAUGGGAGAGAUUCAUAAAGUGGGCAAAGACAAACGGCUUCGAGCUGGUCUUCGCGGUAAAUAAUAAUGAAAGAACUGCUGGCGUAUGGGACACGAGUUCGACCCUUGGUCUACUUGGAGCUGCUGAUAAAGCUGGCUUCAAGAAUAUUCAGUGGCAAUUGGGAUAUGAAUGUUCCCACCAAACGAUAGAAGAGUACCUCAACGAUGUGGACACCCUGUCCGUGCUGGCGGGGCGCGGGGCGCUCGCCGGUGACGUCACCAACUGCCUUCGAUAUAAUACCACCGAUUUUAGAGACUAUGUUAUGCUGGCUAUUGAUGUUAUGCCUGCUGUGCUUUUGAAUGGGAACGCAUCGUCCCAAGAACUAUCUUCCAUGUCAGAAAGAGAUCGCAAAUCUCUUCUAAAGUCACUCACUAAGAGUGACGUGCCACUCUGGGUCACUGAGAAGAGUGAGUACUCACUCGAGUUGGAAAGAGCCGCUGAGUGGCUGGCCAGUUUGGGCUUUGCGGCCAGAAAUGGCUUUUCCAUACACUUUAGGGAGUUGUUGGACGAAGAAUUAUAUGAACCUACUUUGAGCUUCUACAUGGCACUCUUAUACAAAAACCUAGUAGGCGAGCGCGUACUAGACGUAGACAUGAACAUAUCCAAAGCUAGUUUAUUCGCACACUGUACAUCGCUGCAUCACAAGCCGAUACCCGGCGCACUUACACUGUAUGGAGCGAACAUGGAUAUCGAACCCGCUAGAUUCUCGCUCAAAUUGUCGGAGAGGGAGGAGGGGGGAGAUAUCAUGCAGUUUAUACUGGGGCAUGAUGAAAAUGGGAAUAUUGUAGUAAACAGUCACGUUAUGUACUACGAAGGAGAUAUUCGACCAGUUGUUAAACGAGUCCGUCCAUACAAAACAUUGCUCAUAAACCUGCCUCCUAAAUCAUUUGGUUUCUGGGUUCUAGCCAAUACAAAAGUAGAUGCAUGUCGUGAUCUUAAUGAUACACAAGACAGUAUAGAAAUUGUUGCUUUAAGCCAAGAAGAAACUAGAAAAGUAAAAAGAUCUGUAGUAAAUUAUGAUAUAACAGAUGCAGUUGAUGAAGAAUCUAUAGAUGGAACAAACAGUGGAAUGCCAUACGAAAAUGUCGCUUUAAAAGGCAGAAUCGAUAGCAUAAACAGAGAUUUGAAGAAAAUGCAAACUAUAUUUCAAACUAAAAUGAACGAAGAUGCUUUAAAGCGUCUCCGACGACAUGUUGAUAGUAAUCAUGAACGAGCAGAAAAGAAAUUAAGGAAUCGAUUUGAUGUUGGUGAAUUAAAAUCAAGUCUUGUUAGGAGAUUAUUGGAUAUCACUGAUUUAACGGAACCUCUAAACAAUGUGAUACGCAGAGUUCAAAAUACCAAUAAUGUUAUAAGAACCAAACGAUUUAAAAAAGAAAGAAAAGCUAAGAAACGUCCAAAAGUUAAAUCUGCUGUUGAAACAAGAGAUAAAGGUUCAAAAAAUGAGAAUGAAAAUAAAGUAAAAAGGAAAGCAAAAUCCUCUGCAAAUAGAGACUUGCUAGAUACAAAUAAAAUUAUUCGCAAUGAAGAUUCAUUACAAGCAUUAGAUAAUAAUAUUGGUCCUCGAAACGAAAUAUCUAGGAAACGAAGAAGCAUUUAUACUAAAAGUGGAACUGAUAAAAAUGAAGUAUCAUCCGAAAAUGAAAUAGAAUUAGACAGUAAAGAAAAUCUAAAGUUUUCAAAGAUUUUACGCAAAAUAAAGAAAAUGGGUAAAAUACCUUUUGACAUGAUUGACGUAAAAACUGAUAAUGAAGAUUUUGAAGAAGAUCAAGAUGAAACAAAUGCUAUUGUUCUAAAAACGAAACUAGAAGAUGAUGGAGCUGUCAUAAGAAUUAGUGAAAAUCCGAACUUUGGCUUUAUAGCGUCAACUUUAGAGGACUUUCUAUCUUUAUUAACAGAACUGAAUCAAAACAUGAAGAAGGCUUGGAGAGCUGUUAGUUUGUUACAAUAA